AGGAGACGCGAGGCCCCCCUGACAACAGAGCUACCUUUUCCUCCCUGUCAUUAGCACGGACUGGCAACAGACCUUUGUUUUAGGUGGUAGCAGACCCUCCAGUCCUCCCUGACUUAACGUAACCCUGCUGUAUAUCCCUCACCAUGGCGGCGAGUGCAAAACGAAAACAAGAGGAGAAACACCUGAAGAUGCUGAGAGAAAUGACGAGUUUGCCUCCCAACAGAAAGUGCUUUGACUGCGACCAGCGCGGCCCAACCUAUGCCAAUAUGACCGUGGGCUCCUUCGUUUGCACCUCCUGCUCUGGCAUCCUACGAGGGCUGAAUCCACCCCACAGAGUCAAGUCGAUCUCCAUGACAACCUUCACGCAACAGGAAAUCGAGUUCCUACAGAAACAUGGAAAUGAGGUGUGUAAGCCGAUCUGGCUGGGCCUUUAUGACGACAGGACCUCCUCAAUACCAGACUUCAGGGAACCACAGAAAGUAAAGGAGUUCCUUCAGGAGAAAUAUGAGAAGAAGAGAUGGUACGUACCACCCGAGCAGGCCAAGGUAGUGGCAUCCGUCCAUGCUUCCAUCUCUGGCUCCUCCAACAGCAGCACCAGCAGCACUCCUGAGGUCAGACCACUCAAGUCCCUGCUGGGGGACUCUGCCCCCUCCCUGCACCUCAACAAGAACACCCCACCUAAUCAAUCUCCAGUGGUGAGCCGUGGACAAAGCCACCCACAACAGUUCCAUGACAAGAGGUUUGACCUCCUCAGUGAUUUGGGUGGAGACAUCUUUGCCCCCCCGCCCAACAUGAAUGCAGGCGCCAGCUCCAGUUUUGCUAACUUUGCACAUUUCAACAGCCACUCAACGACACAGAAUGCCAACGCAAAUGCAGACUUUGCUAAUUUUGAUGCAUUCGGGAGCACGUCUGGGUCGACAGGUGGUUUCCCCUCCGCAUCCCAAGCCCCCUUCCAUCCCUCUAAUACAGCGUUCACUGUGCUCUCAUCCAGCCGCAGUGUGGGUGAGUUUGCCGUUGCCCUGCCUCUCCAGGGUGCACACAGUAGCGCCUCAGCAAACGCCAAUUUUGCACAUUUUGACAACUUCCCCAAAUCGUGUAGUGCUGACUUUGGAUCCUUCAGUUCCUCCUCCCAGAGUAACUCCACAGGAGCUGGCAGAGAUGUUGUACAGAGUACUAGCGUCCCUGCCGAUAAAUACGCAGCCCUGGCUGACCUGGAUAACGUGUUAAGCUCUGCCAAAACAGAGCAAGGAGGUGGUAUUCCUGUCGGAGUUCGGUCAGGCUCACCGGCAGGAGUAGGCACUGUGUCUCAGAAGCUGCAAUCAGACGGAGACCGCUAUGCUGCUCUAGCUGAGCUUGAUACAGUCUUCAGCCCGCCAGCCCCGCCAGCCACUGUUUAUAACACCAGCAACGCAUCACAAGGGGUUGUGUUUGGCCAAGACACCAGGGUAUCAACAGCACACGCACAACAGGUCCUGUCUGGUGUGGCUCAAGGUUUCGGAGCUCAGUCAACUAAUCCGUUUGUAGCUGCUGGAGUAGCCCCUGCAGCAACUCCCACCAACCCAUUCCAGAGCAACGGCAGAACUGCAAACAUGGCUGCAGCAGCAGCAGCAGCAGCAGGUGUGUUCUCCUCAUUUGGCAUGGGUUCCAUGAGUAUGCCAGCUGGAUUUGGAAACACUGCAGCAUACAACCUCCCCACCAGCUUUAGUGGAACCUUCCAGCAACCCUUUCCUGGCCAGGCCCCAUUCCCUCAGCCUCCUGCAUAUCCCCAGCAACCCAACGGUGGUGGAUAUCCAGCCUAUGGCCAGGCAAAGCCGGUUGUGACUCCUUUUGGACAGGCUAUGGCUGGACAGAUGGUUUCUAGCAACCCUUUCCUGGGUGCUGGUCCAUCUGCACAAUAUCCAGCAGGAGGCUCUUCAACGAAUCCCUUCUUAUAGCGAUCCAUCCAAUCAGCUCCACUACAGGGUCGAAAACUGGAGCACUUGCACCUAUUGCACUGUUUUGUUUCACAAGUAGCUUUAAAACCACAAUGUUUGCAAGGAUUUGUAUUUUCUAUCACAGUUUGUCAAAGAUGGAACAAUAUGACAAUACGACGGUCCUGCUGACACUUUCAACGGCUACAAGACAAACUGAUGGUGUGUGCGGAGGGAGAGGUUGAUCCCCUCUUCUCUAUUUAACCUGUGAACUGGCCUGGCCUCUACUGAACCACAAUGUAUAAUCGGACUGGCUGAAAUCUUAAGUUAUUGCAUACUGUGUAUCCCAUUCGUUAUGCUGCAAUUCUGUACAUAUUUUUUUCUUCAUGAGCUCUUUGUGCAUAUCAGUAUUUGUAUCUACCACGCAAGAUUUAAGACAGAACUAUUGCUUGGAAAAGCUAAUGGGUACUGCCAUUUACUGUAUUUGUGAACAACCAAACUGUUUUAUUUGUGCAGGAUACUUUUUAGGCAAACUUAUUCUCACUUAAGAUAAAAAAAAAAAACGCUUGUUUUAUUGGCAAGAGAUAAAAUAAAAAGUGACUGCUGUGUCAGGAUCAAGCAGGGGGGCUUGUUCUCUGCUGACCCCUGCCCUGCUGACCGAGUGCCGGACCAUAUGCUUCUGAACUACUGUCACUGCAUCCAUAAGUGGGUAACAGGAAUGGCUGAUGAGCUGAAAACCACUAACAUUGGGUAUUAGAGAAUUUUAAGUUAAUAUGUAAAUAUAUACAGUAUAUAUAUAUAUAUAUUAAAAUGAAUUUUAAGUAAUCAUAA